GGGUCGGGGCUGGCGGAUCCUGGCUAGGGUCUCUCGCUUGGGGACCUCCCUCCUGGGGACCUCAAAACGGGGGUGCCCCUGCUCUGACAGGUGGACACUGCGGAUGCUGUGGGAAGAACCUUACCAGAUAACAUCCUUUCUGAAUUGUGAAAUGGAAAUGUGUUAUUGAAGGCUAAUAUCCAGUUGAAAAGAACAUUAGUGAGGUCCAGUAGGCGUCCUCUGGAACACUGAAGCAAAGAAAAGUCUUCACACAUCACCCAAAAUGCCGCCCUGUGACUUUACACCUGAAAAAUAUGAGUCCUAUCCUUAUGCCCACAUUCUGGAGGUACAGAAGGAGAAUCUUUCCCCAAUGGCCACCACUUUUUACCAGAAGCCCUUGCUACUCAAUCAGGGUCACAUGCAGUGGCUCUUUGACUUCGAAGGCCGGCGAUACCUUGACUUCUUUGCGGGAAUUGUCACCGUCAGUGUUGGCCACUGCCACCCGAAGGUAAUGGCAGCAGCAAAGAAACAACUUGGACGCUUGUGGCACACGAGCAGCGUCUACCUACAUCCCGCCAUCCAUGAAUAUGCUGAAAAACUCACGGCACAUCUCCCUGGGUCACUUAAGGUCAUUUUUUUGGUCAACAGUGGUUCAGAAGCAAACGAUCUGGCAAUGGUGAUGGCGAGAGUUUAUUCUGGGAACUUUGACAUCAUUUCGUUCAGAGGGGCAUACCAUGGAUGCACCCCGUACUCCGUGGGACUGACCAACAUUGGACAGUACAAGCCAACAAUUGCCAAUGGGUUUGGCUGCCAAAGUACAAUGUGCCCAGAUGUCUUCCGUGGUCAGUGGGGAGGAAGCCACUGCAGAGAUUCUCCUGUGCAAACCAUUAGGAAAUGUAGCUGUGCUCCAGACUGCUGUCAGGCCCGAGAUCGGUACAUUGAGCAGUUCCAAGAGACUCUCAAAGCUUGUUUACCAAGGAAAAUAGCUGGAUUUAUUGCUGAACCAAUUCAGGGGGUAAAUGGGGCCGUCCAGUAUCCCAAGGGAUUUCUGAAAUCAGCCUUCCAGAUGGUGCGAGAGCAGGGCGGAAUCUGCAUUGCGGAUGAAGUGCAGACAGGGUUUGGAAGAAUGGGGAGCCAUUUCUGGGGGUUCCAGACCCAUGACGUCCUCCCUGACAUCAUCACCAUGGCCAAGGGGAUAGGGAACGGCUUUCCCAUGGGGGCCGUCGUGACCACGACAGAGAUUGCCAAUUCUUUGGCUAAAAGUCAACUUCAUUUCAACACCUUUGGCGGGAACCCUAUGGCUUGUACCAUUGGAUCUGCGGUUCUGGAUGCUAUCAGAGAAGACGGCCUGCAGAAAAACAGUGAAGAAGUCGGAACGUAUCUGCUGUUGGAGCUCGCUAAACUGCGGGAUAAAUUUGAGAUUGUUGGAGAUGUUCGUGGCAAAGGCCUCAUGGUAGGGGUGGAAAUGGUGACGGAUCAGGAGAGUCGCCAGCCUCUUCCAGCUAAGGAAAUGAAUGCAAUCCAUGAUGACUGCAAAAACAUGGGGCUUCUAAUUGGCAAAGGGGGACUCUAUGGUCAGACGUUUCGAGUCAAGCCCCCGAUGUGCGUCACUAAGCAAGAUGUAGACUUUGCAGUGGAAGUCUUUCAUGUUGCAUUAUCAAGACACAUGGAAAGAAGAGCCAGCUCGAGAUAGGAGGAUAUUCCAGCCAUCCCCACGCUCCUUCGAGGCUGAGCUUGGGUGGGGGUGGUCGUGUCUCACUGGGGAAAAAAUGAGAACCUAAAUACCUUUCCAAAGAUACCCCAAUGAUUUAACUGCCUCGUUGUGAUCCAUAGACACCGGCCACUCUUUGUGAUCCAAACUUGUAUUGGUCCCUAUCGCGACUGAUCCUCUUACCCCUCUGACAGUAGGCUGAUUCCUCCUUCCAAGAGGAAUCUCCUGGGCCCCAGGACUGCCUACAACUAAGCAAGUGAGGAUGUGGUCAUCUUGUUCCCCAGAAGAAUCCGUUAACUCCCUAAGUGGGGAUGGGGAGGGGGAACAAGGACUUACUUUCAAAGGUGGCUCUUUCAUUCUGAUGCAUCAGAGGUUCUGACCUCUUGUGAGGUUCUAAAAGUUGAUUGAGAGUAGGCCAUGGGAGAGACAAGGUGGCUUGUGGUGACAUGCAGUGUUGAGGUUAUUUAAGGGGACUGUCAGUCAGGUGUUAUUGAACACCACAAAAACCCUAAUUUUGAUCUCUGAGCAUAUUCCUUCCUACCUGUCCUCUCCCUGCCCCUUUUCUCUGCUUCUGCCAUCCUCGCCUCCAAUAGCAAAGAGAACUUUUAGUGCAAUGCUCCACACAUACUGAGUGUACUGAGCAUUGUUUGAUUCUCUGGAUGGGGAGGGGAAAAAGAAGUGAAGAAUUUGAAUUUGUUGGGACACAGAUUAAGUAAAUGGUACCUGAGCCUUAGUGUGUCAAACAGUGGUAGAUACAUUACUUUUUUUUUUCCAUUGGUAUUCCCAGGCUAUUAAUGCUGACGGAACCCUUUUCCCUUAAUUUUUCUUUAACUUGCUAUGAUUAGUUGUUAGGAAGACGCAGAUCGAUCUAGAAGACAAACUAGAAUCUGGGGGUGGAAAGAUUUUAUAUUAGAAUCAAUCAUUUUUGAAUGCUUACUGUGUGCAGAGCUCUAAUCUUAUAGAAAGUCCAAGUUGAUGAAAUAUAUUUAAUGGUUUGGAGGCUUGGUAUUGGUAUUCCUCCCAAACUUAUAAUAAUUAUAGUAUUUAAGUGUUUAUUAUGUGCUAAGCACUCGGGUAGAUACAGGCUAUAACAUCACACCCAGUGCCUGUCCCAGACAGGGUUCGUAAUCUAUUUUUAUCCCCAUUUAAUAGAUGAGAAAACUGAUGCGAAAAAAGGUCAGUUGCCCCAAAUUAGAGAGUAGGCCAAUGCAGAACUGAGAUUUGAGUCUCCUGACUCCCAAUUCUGUGCCCUUUCUUUUAGGCCACAUCACUUUAAUUUUACCCCAUUGUUUUUAACCAGAAAAUUGAGGUAGAAGCUGAUAUAUAAAAUGAGAUGGCUUUUGAUUCUCAUCUGAGACAAAUCCAAAAUCAUGCUUUGGAGCCCAGAAAUACGAACUAGACUUGAAAUUUCUUCCAGUGUUCUUAAUAUAAGGGAAUACAUAUGCCCAUGUUAUGAUUUGUAAUGUCACAAGCCAAUAUAUAGGCUAUAAACAGAUUGAAUAGAGAUUAACUUUGUAUCUAACUUGUUACCCCACUGACGAAGUAUUGGGGCACAAUCAUUUUUAUUAAUACUCUAAUAAUGUUGAUCAAUGAUAAUAAAAAAAUCUUUACAUGGUUGCUUAUA